AUGGAAGCAGCAGCAGUAGCAACUCCUACCACUGUUUCUUCUUUUGAUGAUACUACUACUACUCGAGAAGGAGAUGUAGGAGUGGUUUUUAGUUUGAAAGUGGGUGAGGCAGUUGUUAAUGUCAACGAGGCAAAUACACUACCUAAAUAUGUCAUACUCCAAUCGAAUCAAAACGAUAGAUACCUGCAUCACUACCCAGAAGAUCCAGUUUUAUCUAAUGCACUCCGGUAUACCGGAGAUUACAGUUUCCACCUCGAUACAAGAUUUGAGGUGGUACCAGCUACCACUGGAAAUGGACUCGUCCAUAUCCGGUCUUUGCAGAACAACAAGUACUGGGUAAAAAUUGCUGGCCCAAACAAAUUUGUUAGUGCUAUGGCUGACAAACCUGAGGAGGAUCAAUCCAACGAAUUUUGCACGCUCUUCGAGCCUGUUUUUGUUGAUUCCAUCAGGCUCCGUCAUGUCAGCACCGGCUACUACGCUAGGUAUUUACAGUACCCUGGCACACCUUACGACGGUUAUUUGUAUUUAUCAGAUACUCACAACGACGAUGAUGACGUGUGCUACUUCAUCGACUGGGAAGACGUCGUUGUGUUGCCCGACCUUAUCAGGAUCAAGGGCGACAAUGGAAACCACGUUAAGACCUAUGAAGACGGGCACAUGGACUUUCUUAACAAAGCCGAUAAUUCCUCAAUGUUUGAGUACGAGGUGACCCCGAGUCGUGAUGGAGGCAUCCGCCUGAAAAGUACUCCAUUUGGCACCUAUUGGACGGAUAUGGAUGAUAGUGAAUGGGUAUUGUUAAAACAGCCAGAUGACUCCACAGUGCAUGCCGCCAACACAGUGUUUUUACCCACAAUACUUGAUGGCAAUCGAAUCAUUCUCAAAUGUCUGGGGAACGGCUUGUUUUGCAACAGAUACAGUCGUGACAGUAGACUGAGCGGCCUCGCCACAGUUAAUGACUAUCCCGAUGAUUGGAGCUCCAUGGAAAUUGAGGAGCCCGUUAUCUCAAGGAAGAUCUAUAAUGUCACAUAUCAUCUUACCGAUGCAAGGCUCUACAAUGAGGUAACUGAUUCACUUAUCGAUGAUGAUUCGAGCAACAAAUCUUCAGAUCCCGUAACGUCACAAUUAAAUCUCAAGAAAAUAGUUACCAAUACAACUAACUGGAGCACAAGUAACUCGUUGACAGUUGGUGUCAAGAUGAGUAUAACCUUUGGUGUCCCAUUCAUGGAAUCGGGUUCGUUGGAAGUUUCCGCUGAGGGUACCAAAUCUUCGGAUUGGGGUGGAACUGUGGAAGAAAGCCUUGAAGUGGGAUCUGUGAAAACUAUUUCUGUGCCACCUAUGAGUAGAAUAAAGGGAACUCUGAUGGCAACACGAAUGUCUUAUGACAUACCCUUCUCUUACACUCAGCAUGACGUAUUGAAAAAUGGGGAUAAAAAAACUACAGUAAAGCAGGAUGGCAUAUUUACUGGCAACAAUGGUUACGGCUAUAGGUAUGAGAUUGUCCCGCUGCCUCUCAGCGAUGAUGAAGGUGGUGAUUGA